AAAACCUCCCCCAACGUACGCGGCCCACCCACUGCUUUCUGUCCUAGUGCUAUGUGAUUAUGCCCAAGUGAUAGUGUCCCAGAUAGAAAGUUGAGGUUUAUUUUAUGACAGUUAUUUUAGUUAAGUAGUUUUGCUGAAGUUUGGUUUUGUUUAACUUUCUCGUUUGUUUUAGCAUUUCACUUCUGGACUUUUAAAUAUGCCAAAAGGCAAAAAAGGAGGCCACAAAGGUCGUAUGAGACAGUAUAAUAGUCCAGAGGAGAUUGAAGCACAACUACGAGCUGAAAGAACCAAGGCAAAGGAGGAAGAUGAGGACCCAGAUGAAGGAGCAGCAGGUGAUAAUGAAAAAGAUUCCCGGGUCCUGGAUUCAGAAGACAGUGAGGAUGAGGAUUACAAGGGAAGAAAUUGAAAAACAGAAGGCGAAAGAGAGAUAUAUGAAGUUACAUUUAGCAGGGAAGACAGACCAGGCCAAAGCAGAUCUGGCCCGAUUAGCAAUCAUUAGGAAACAGAGGGAAGAAGCAGCACGGAAGAAAGAAGAGGAAAGGAAAGCAAAAGAAGACACUGCUGCAGUAAGCAAAGGAGUGCAGUCCAUGUCACUUAACUGAAAAAGUAAAAUAUGCAAGGAAUCUAGGAACUGUAUUUCCAUGCCAGACGAGACCUGCUGUACGCCAAACCACAUUGAAAGCACCACACCAAGUAUAUCAUGGUAUUGCUGUGACCAUCCUUUACCAGACCUCACAGUGCAUUCCUUUUAAUACUUCUUUCCAGGAUUCCUGAUACAGAAAAAAGGCCAUGCCGUUCGGUGGUUGAUAGUUUCCCUGAAAUUUCAAAUGCAGUCUCAUUAUGGAUGGGAUAGUAGAAGUUAAGGUAAAAAGCUUGGACUGGGAAAUUUUUAAUGAGGCUUACAGAUUUUUCAGGAAUUCAUAUUGAAGUCACUUGUGUCAAGAUUUGGGUUCCCAUUUUGCAUUGCCUUAUUAUUGAGUUACAAUGUCAGCACAAAUUUCAUGUACCUUAAAGGCUUAUUUUUCUUAUUAUAUAUUUUUUUGUCUGUAUGUAUAUAUGUGUGUAUAUAUA